AUGAUAUGUCUGCCAAACCAUAAUAAGUCGCUGCCUCCAAGAAGAACUCCUAACACAAUGGCUGAAACGCAGACAGUUUUGGCGUCGCAUGAGUCCGGACGAAGCUCUGAGAGCUCAAGCUCUGUGGAUAUCGUCGCAAACGAGAAGCAGAAGCUGGCCACUGCUGGACUGUCGCACCCUCAACCAAAAGGCCUUCCAGACCUCCGCAAUUCGGCGUCACCAAAGCGAUGGAAAACAUUCUGGAAGUCGUUCCGAUAUCUGCAACACCUGACACCGAAGCAAGUCGACGAUUUCAUGGCGUCAUAUGUAAUCUAUAACCUCGAUUGGUCCGACGAGAAACAGAUGGUCGAGGUUCUGGGUCCGAAUUACCAGGCCAAGGUUGGAGACUGCCUCCAGGCGUACUAUGGAGUGUUGAAUCACCUGUGCGCGCUUGGCGAUGUCGAGAAAAUGUACAUUCCGCCGUUCAUGAGCAGCAAAGCGACCGUGCGCGAAAAUCAACUGCUGUAUGAAGAGUCAAUUGCGCAAGAUAUUGGACUAAAACCUGGCGAUCGCGUGUUGGACUUGGGAUGCGGUCGCGGCAGAGUCGCAGCACACAUGACGCAGUUCUCCGGAGCGCAGGUCACGGGCCUCAACAUUGAUCCCAACCAGGUCGCCCAGGCGACUUCCUUUAACAAGCAACUCGGCUUCGACUCCAACUCCUUCGUCGUCCAGGACUUCAACAGCCUCCCGCUUCCCUUCGCCGACAACAGCUUCGAUGCCUUUUACCAGAUUCAGGCUCUCAGUCUGUGCAAGGACCUCUCGGCUCUCUUCCGCGAGAUUUAUCGAAUCGUCAAGCCCGGUGCCAGGGUCUCCCUGCUCGACUGGGUCAGCUUCCCCGAAUAUGACCCCUCGAACGCCGAACACGCCGAGCUCAUGCGUCGGGUGAAGCCGCUUAUUGGCGCCGUGGGGACCCCCACCCCCGAGAUUCUGGAGACAGCUCUUGCGGAGGCCGGGUUCACAGUGUUACGCUCGGACAACGCAAGCGUGGGCGGGUUGCAGGCCCCCUUGAUCGACAAGGUCGAUUUGUACUUCCGCUCUAUGCGACAAGUUAUUCUCGGCCUCGUCAAAACACACGUGCUUCCUCGCCAUUUCAAGACCUUGAUCAACCGGCUGUGCCUCGAUGGACAGGCGUUCGUGAAGAUGGACACGAUGCGACUGAUUACGACGAGCUACCGCAUCAUCGCACAGAAGCCGGAGCAAUAA